GCAGAUCUAUCUCCAUUGAAAUGAGCGCUUCAACCAUUGUUUCCCCUAUGCCCCCGAUUACGUUCCGGUAUUUGAGGGUCACAAUUCAUACCUAUACGUUUUUUCGCGCGGGUUAACUUGGAGGGUCACAGAGAGAGGGGACGGCACGAGUGAGCCGAGUCCCUUAUAUCGGUAUCCCGUUAUAAUGAACCCCGCGAAAUUUCAUCGCCAAGCCGCGACAAGCUAUGGAUUUGUGUAUCCAGCUUGGUCGAAAAAAAAGAGGGAAAAGGUCGGGGCGUAGUUGACGUCCGUGGUCAAACCUUGCAUGGCAGAGAGAAGUAGUACGUGGCAGCGGUGGGGUUGGUGUUAGGACUAUAAAGGUAGUAGUAAAUUCGUAAUUAGAUACUUUUCUUCUUUCCCUUCUCCUUUCUUCUCUUCUGCUUCUAUUUCUUCUGUCUGUGAAGAACCACAGAUACUACACUCUUUUCUCCAUAUUUUCCCACUUUAUCUCGCUGAAUCGUGGUGAAAAUGGCGGAUAUCAACGUAGAACAGGUGCUUAAGAAGCUCUCUAUGAGCGAUAAGGUCGAUCUACUAGCUGGUAUCGAUUUUUGGCAUACGAAAGGUUUACCUGAGCAUGGUAUCCCCUCGUUGCGUCUAACUGACGGCCCUAAUGGAGUUCGAGGCACCAAAUUCUUCAAUGGUGUCAAAGCUGCUUGCUUCCCCUGUGGAACUGGGCUGGGAGCUACCUUCAACCAAGAGCUUCUUGAAGAAGCUGGGAGGAAAAUGGGAGAAGAGGCCAAAGUGAAAGGAGCACAUGCUAUUCUGGGACCUACUAUAAAUAUGCAACGGGGCCCUCUCGGAGGUCGAGGAUUCGAAUCGCUCGGUGAGGAUCCAUUCCUAGCUGGAUUGGGUGCUGCAGCCAUAGUCAGGGGUAUCCAAUCGACGGGAAUUCAGGCUACUAUCAAGCAUUUUGUCUGCAAUGACCACGAGCACAAGCGGAAUGCGGUUCAAGCCAUUAUCACAGAACGAGCACUGCGCGAGAUCUACGCAUUGCCAUUCCAGCUGGUGGUCCGUGAUUCCAACGUAGCCUCGUUCAUGACAGGUUAUAACGGAGUAAACGGGACGUACUGUAGCGAGAAUCCCAAACUUUUGGACAAAAUGCUACGUGGAGAAUGGGGUUGGGAUGGGAUGAUCAUGAGUGAUUGGUACGGAACAUAUACCACCACGGAGGCAGCACUAGCUGGUCUCGACUUGGAGAUGCCUGGUCCGCCACGAUUUAGGGGUGAGCCACUCAAGUUCAACGUCUCAACCGAUAAGGUUCGGACACAUAUCUUGGAUCAGCGAGUGAAGGCCAUGUUGGAAUUCAUCAAGAAGUGCGCUGCUAGUGGUGUAAAGGAGAAUGCCCCAGAAGCCACGGCUAAUACUCCGGAGACGGCCGAGUUGUUGCGGCGGAUAGGCAACGAGGGAAUUGUGUUGUUAAAGAACGAGAAAAAUGUCUUACCUCUUAAAAAAGACAAGAAGACUGUUGUAAUUGGGCCUAACGCCAAAGUUGCGACAUACCAUGGUGGAGGUUCCGCCUCUUUGGCGGCCUACUAUGCGAUAACUCCAUUCGACGGUAUCAGCAGCAAGUUGACUUCGCCGCCGGAAUACACAAUUGGCCAAUAUUCUCAUAAGCUACUCCCCCUUCUUGGAUACUCAACCAUAUCAAGCAAAGGCGAGCAAGGAAUGACUAUGAAGGUUUUCACAGAAGGCCCAGAAGUCGCAAAUAGACUACCGGUCGACCAAUUAGAACUAUUGAAGACAGAGAUGCUUCUAAUUGAUUACGAGAACCCUAAUGUUAAGGGUCCACUAUGGUAUGCGACGCUCGAAGGAUCUCUAGUUGCUGAAGAAGAUGCCACGUGGGAAUUCGGUGUCGUCGUAUCGGGAUCGGCGAAUCUUUACAUCAACGAUGAACUAGUUGUUGACAACACUACAGAGCAGAAAUUAGGAGAAGCAUUCUUUGGAAGUGCCACGGUAGAGGUUAAGGGUCUCUAUAAGUUGGAGAAGGGGAAGACAUACAAUUUCAAGGUCACAUUCGGAUCAAGUCCAACAUCUAAACUGGGAGGCAGCGCAGUUCUUCUGAACGGUGGUGCCUUAAGAAUCGGUGGAUGUAAGGUUGUCGAUCCUAAAGCUGAAAUCGCCCAUGCCGUUGAAUUGGCGAAGGGAGCCGAUCAAGUCAUCAUUGCGGCCGGACUUAACGCCGAAUGGGAGACGGAGGGUAAUGAUCGUACCGACAUGAGCCUCCCGCCUGGUCUGGACGAUCUGAUCUCUGCUGUUGCGAAAGCUAACCCUAACACGGCUGUGGUUAUGCAAUCCGGCACUCCCGUAGAGAUGCCAUGGAUCAAUGACGUAAACGCACUCAUUCAGGCUUGGUACGGCGGCAACGAGACGGGAAAUACGAUCGCAGAUAUCUUAUUCGGGGAUGUGAAUCCUUCCGGCAAGCUCAGCUUGAGUUUCCCGAGACGUGUUCAACAUAACCCGGCGUAUUUGAACUAUCGAACUGAGGGCGGUCGCGUGAUCUACGGCGAGGACAUUUAUAUCGGCUAUCGUUUUUAUGAAUCGGUCGAUCGUGAGGUUUUAUUCCCUUUUGGUCAUGGUUUGAGUUACACGACCUUCUCUUUCUCUGAUCUAUCGGUAACUGAGAAGGACGGCGAGUUGAACGUGUCCGUCGCAGUCAAGAACACGGGCAGCGUGAGGGGAGCCGAAGUCACACAGGUUUACGUGGCGCCAAAACAGAAGGCGAAGGUCAACCGGCCACUUAAGGAACUCAAGGGCUUUGCUAAGGUAGAGCUGGCCCCCGGUGAGACGAAAAAGGUGACAGUGAAAGUAACUACGAAAUACGCGGCUAGUUACUGGGACGAGGAGCGUGAUCAGUGGUGUGUUGAAGGAGGUGAAUACGAGAUUGUUGUUAGUGACAGCAGCGAGCUGAAGGCAGGCAAAGUUGUGAGGGGUUCGUUCAAAGUGGCUGAAACAUUCUGGUGGUCCGGAUUGUGAUAGAUUUUUACCUCCAUACUUGGGAAUUUGGUAUGGAUUACACGAUACGAAUGAUGACGAGGAAUAUGACGAGGCGUUUUAUAUUGCUUGAGAUAGACUCUUUCUUCAAGGUAAUAUUUGAUAUAAAUCAUCAUGAAAAUAAAUCAUAACUUGUUAU